UUGAUCGGUUGUCAGACGUCGUAGAUUGCCUCCAGAAAGAACGUCGCCGGCCGAGCUCGCUGCCCCUCUCGGCCAUGCUGGCGCGUCUGACGAGACUUCGGGCACAAGGUACAGCGCGAGGCUUCCCCCCAGUGAUUAAUCGAGGCCCGGCAUCUUUCCCCAUGGGGUCGGCUUUACAUGUGCCGUAGUUUUACGUAUGCCCCAGCGGUGACGUGGGAUCCCCCAAGUAAUAACAGGCAUUGAGACGCCAUCGCAGCCUGAGCCAUUUCUAUACGAUGUAGACUACGAGGCUAGAAAGCACGUCUUGCGUCACUGAAACUUGGAGCCCAGGCACAACCUUGCCACAUCAUGUCGAUACUGCUUCGGUCCGUUCUAUUUUCGACUAUCCCCAAGACGAAUUUGACUGUUCAGUGUCCUCCGUAUGGGACUGGUUGCCGGCUGGCUACGUGGUCAACAGUGAGGGGACUGAAGCCAGCCGUCUGCAUCUCCGAACCGCAAUACCACACCCCGAACACAGUAUCUCGUUUCACGGAGUUGCACGAGGCUCUAGGUCUUUCGCUGGACCUACCUCGUCGUCAGAGCCUCUCACGACAGUUCGUAGGCUCCUUUUCCAACGACCCAAGCCACGCGGUCCCCGAAUCCCCCCUCCCCGCCGAGUAAAUGAUGUGUCUGGGUAAUUCGCUUUCGAAGUUAACACUGCGUAUUGCCAUAAAUCACACGCGCCCUACACGAGCCCAAGAAGAACUUGCUGCAACGUCUCAUUUGUUAGAGAUAUCGUCGUUGGGUAGAGAUCUCCGUUUCUCGGCUCUGACUGAGGUUGCCGGCCGAAAGCAGUGUUCAGCAGUGUUCUGCAUUCUCGCGCGUCCAAUUCCCAAACCAAUUCACAUUUUCAAAGAUGCUGAGGUUAUGACGAUAACGACGACGACGGCGGUUGGUUUUUUGCAAGUGGCUUGGACUCUCCCUACUGACUUGCAAUGAUAAAACCACGCUUCUUUGUAUAAUGGAACCGGCAGUUUCGAGUAGGCUAGGAAUAC